AUGGCUGAAUUUCUCACUUUCGGUGCUCAAGAAUUACUGAAGAAAGUGGCUUCUCUUGCCGCUCAAGAGUUCAAUCUUGUAUGGGGAUUCAAUGGAGAUAUAACAAAGCUGCGUGAGUCACUGCUCAUUCUUGAGGCUGUGCUACGAGAUGCAGAGCAUCCACGACAAGAUCAGGGAGAGGCUGUGAAGCUGUGGGUGAAGAAGCUUGAAGACAUAGCUCAACAGGCCGAGGAUGUGUUAGAUGACUACGGAUAUGAGCUUCUUCGGCGUAAGGUGGAACUGCGAAACCAGCUGAAGAAAAAGGUGCAAAACUUCUUUUCCCUCUCUAAUCCUAUUGUGUUUCGUGUUAAAAUGGCACAUAAAAUUGAGAAGAUCAACACCGCCUUGGAUGAGUUGAACAAGAAGGCAACUGCUAUUGGCUUAGUUGCUAGACCAUCCUUAGAUGCAACAACUUCCCAUGGUAUAAGCAUUGACAGGGAGACCUACUCUAUCUUAAAACAAGAUGAAAACAAUAUCAUUGGGAGGGACACUGUUGUGGCAGAUACAGUUCAAGCCCUGAUCAAAGCAAACCACAAUCAGGAAAGUGAUCUUUCAGUUUUGGCCAUUGUGGGUAUGGGGGGCCUUGGAAAGACAACUUUGGCUAAAUCAAUAUAUCAUGAAUCUGAGAUAAGCGGGCACUUUGAGAAAAAGAUAUGGAUAUGUGUAUCCACUCCUUUUGAAGUCAGAUCAAUUCUGAGAGGGAUCCUGGAAGCUCUUAAACCAGAAAAUGCUGCUGUGCAAGCUAUAGAUGCUAUAUGUAAUAUUCUGAAAGAAGAGUUGAAAGGAAAGAGAUACCUUCUUAUACUUGAUGAUGUAUGGAAUGAAGAUGCUCAAAAAUGGAAUGAUUUGAUGAGUUGUUUGCUAAGAAUUACCGAUGCCCAGGGAAGCAGCAUUAUCGUUACUACCCGCAGUGACAAAGUGGCAAAAAUGGUGGAGACCCUUCCUAGGUGUGAUUUGAGGAAGCUAUCAGAUGAUGAAUGUUGGCUCAUAUUGAAGGAUAAAGCAAUUCCUGUCGGAAGUAUGCCUAUACUUGAAGAUCAAGCGAGAAUUGGAAAGGAGAUUGCCAAAAAGUGUGGAGGUGUACCAUUAGUGGCAAAGGUUUUAGGAAACAUUAUGCGUUCUAAAACAAGCAAUGAAUGGAAUUCAAUUGUUGAUAGUAAGAUAUGGGAAUUACCUGAUGAAGAAGAAAGAAUCAUGUCGAUUUUGAAGUUGAGCUUUGAUGAACUGAAAAAUUCAUCAUUGAAACAGUGUUUUGCAUAUUGCUCGAUGUUCAUCAAAGAUUUUGAAAUGGAAAAGGCCGACUUGGUUCAACUUUGGAUGGCUCAAGGAUGGCUUCAUUCCACCCAAAUUGAUAUGGAGAUGGAAGACAGAGGUAACGAAUAUUUUAACAUUUUGGCAGAAAGAUCCCUUUUUCAAGAUGUUGAAAUCGAUUACUAUGGUAAUACAAUAUGCAAGAUGCACGAUCUUGUUCAUGAUCUUGCAGAACGUGUGUCAAACAUGGCAAACUCGCGCUCACUAUUUUUCAAGGGAGAAGCACUGGGGAGUACCUUCCUUAAGGUUAGAUCUUUACGUGUGUUAAAUCUAUACAAGGCAGACAUUGACAAGUUGCCGAGUUCAAUUGGAAAGUUGACACACUUGAGGUAUCUGAAUGUUAUGGAAACAAAGGUCAAAUCAUUUCCAGAAUCUAUCGGCAAACUCUUUUACCUUGAGACGUUUAAAAUGCCUUAUCAUGUUGAAGAGUUCCCAAAGAUAAUUGCUAAUAUGAUCAACUUGAGACAUGUUUAUUUUGGUAAGCAUGCAAAAGUUCCAGUUGGGAUAUUAGGAAGAUUGACGAAUCUCAGAUCAUUACCUUUUCUAAAGGUGGGCAAGGAAACUGGGCCUAGGAUUGAGGAACUGGGUGGGUUAAACCAUUUGAGAGAUGCCUUGUCUAUCUAUAAUCUGGAGCAUGUAAGAGAUGGAGAAGAAGCAGCGAAAGCGAAGCUGGUUGAUAAGAAACAGAUAAGAAAGUUAACUCUUGACUGGAAGCUUAGUGGACCAAGCAACAAUGUUGACAAUCAGGAUGAUGUACUUGAAGGACUGAAACCACAUUGUAAUCUGGAAAUUCUGAAGAUUCAGGGGUUCAUGGGUGUGAACUUUCCAUCAUGGUUAUUGCUUGCCAGCAACUUGAAAGAAAUUGAACUAGCAGGGUGCAACAAAUGCGAAAGAGUCCCAAUACUUGGCCAUCUUCCCAAUCUUGUACAUGUUAAGAUGAGGAACAUGCAGAAGCUAAGGUGCUUGGGGUCUGAGUUUUAUGGUUACGAUCGGAUUUCCAGUGCAACAAGUGACGGGAGAAAUGCUGUGUUUCCUGCAUUGAGAUCAUUACGUAUUGAGGAGGCUGAGAAUCUCACAGAUUGGGUGGAAACAAGAGGAACGUUAAGGGCCUUUCCUUGCCUUGAGAAGCUGACCCUCGUGAAGUGUAAGCAACUGAGAAGUACUCCCAGUCGGUUUCCAUCUCUCAAAAAGUUGAAGAUAAGAGAAGUGGACAGUGGCAUACCAAUAGCAAGUAUUUUAAGCUAUGAACUGACUAGUCUCACUCAUCUGGGAAUACAUGAUGUCGAGGGACUUGCUAGUCUGCCGGAAGGGACGUUAAGAAACAACAAGAAUUUGGCAUCUUUGGAGAUAGUGAAUUGUAAGGAGUUAAGUUGCAUUGCUCCCAAUGGAUUUGACUGCGGCGCAUCUCUUGAGCUAGUUUUUAUUCUUAACUGUCCUAAGCUGAGGAGUUUACCUGAUAGCCUGCUCCCAGUCUCUCUCAAGCAGGUUCAUAUAGAUAAUUGCAAGAGUCUAGUGUCCAUUCCAAUCAUUCCCGAGCAUGGUGGUCUCCCAUCUCUGAGCAAUUUUUUUAUAUAUAACUGUCCACAGUUAUCCAGUCUUCCUGAGGGGCUACAAUACUGCACAUCUCUUCAACAAUUGAGAAUAUGGAGUUGCCCAAAGAUAACGUCCAUUCCAAUUCCAUCAGAGGGCCUCCCAUCCCUUUUCCGACUGGGGCUUUCGCAAUGUCCUGAGUUGGCAAGCCUACCGAGUGGGCUAGGCUGCUGCUCCUCUCUUUCUGAUUUGAGAAUAACCGAGUGCCCCAAGGUAACAUCCAUUUCAAUUGACACUCUCACUGCAUGUCUACAGCAGUUGUUUGUAAGCAGUCUAGAGUCUCUUCCAAUUUUACACGGCGGCUUCACAUCCCUCCGUCAAUUGGAAAUCUGGAAGUGUGAAAGUUCACAAAUUGAUCUUCAAUUCCCCGUCUCUCUUCAGGAGUUGACAAUUAGAGGGUGUCCUCAUCUAGAGACGGUUCCAAGUUUAGACAAGCUCACAUCCCUCCGUGAGUUGUGGAUUGAUGAUUGUUCCCGGUUGACAUGUCUACCAAGUUUAGACAAGCUCACAUUUCUCCGUCAGUUGUGGAUUACUAAUUGUUCUCGAUUAACAAGUCUACCCAGUGGGUUAGCAAUGGAAUCCCCAUACGUAUUCACCCGUCUCGACUCCUUGUUAAUUGGCCGGUUUCGGAAUGAUCUGGAUUCUUUCCCUGCUUUUCAGGUUCUACCACAACUUGAAUCAUUAUCUAUCUACGGGUGGCCAAAGCUCAAGUCUCUGCCUGAAGAAAUUCGACACAUGACGUCUUUGACCUAUUUGUCGAUAGAGUCCUUUGAUGGAGUGGAGGCUAUUCCAGAUUGGUUGGGAGACCUUGCAUCUCUUCGCUCCUUGGAUAUCUCCAAUUGCGAGAAUCUUAUGUAUCUACCUUCCGUCCAAGCUAUGCACCGCCUCACCAAAUUAGAUCGGCUACAUAUCUGGCUGUGUCCCCUUCUAAGCGAAAGAUGCACCGAGGAGAGCGGCCCAGAGUGGCCUAAGAUCUCUCAUAUUCAACACCAAUAUAUUCACUAAUCACGGGCUAUUUGAACACCAGCUGCAAGAUAAAUAUGUGCCUACGGGUAUGUAUCCAGUUGGAGAAGAGUACUUCCGUUCUAGGUCAAAGAGUUCAGGGGAAUUUUUUGUGGCAAUAUCAGACUAUAUUCCUGUGGCAUGCAGGAAAAUCCACGGCUUCACUCUAUCUUGGUGCCUAGCCAACAGGUUCCCUUUCAGAAAAAAAGAAGCUUUCGUUGUUCUGCGUUUAAAGUGACCUUCAAAGUGCUGCAUGAAAAGCUAAAUAAGAGAAAAUGUGUACUUCAUAGCAAUAUAUAUCGUGGGAUUUUAGUCCUGUACACUCCUGUUGUCAUGCGAAGCAACUCAUACACGUCAAAUCCGACUUCUUCUGAUAGAAACAGUGGGUGAUGUCUGACGGAUGAUAUGGCAUAUAUAGUCGAGACAAGCUCAGACUUGUGAGGUUAAGGCAAAUGUUGAAUUGCUUUUUCGAAGCCAAGCCAAUGUUCAAGCAGGAAGAUCUUUGCCUUCAGGUUGCUUCCAUUUGAAUGAAGUAUCAUUUCGCCAACUUUUGUAUAUAUGUCAGGUAGAGCAUAUGUAAGUUGGGGCUCUAUAAUCCUCUUUUUCCAGGCUGGUGAAACUGAUCAACAGAUUGUUCUUGAAAGAACAGAUGGCUAUAUAUGCUAGAUCUGUGUUGUGCCGAACUAUUGUAAAAUGUAACCAUUUCUUGAUAUUGAAAUCAACCACAAUUAAUUAUGUG